AUGCAUAUGGUAAGAGAAAGCCCCAAUUUAUCGACAAAACUAAAAUUGCUAAAAAUAACCAUCCCACAAUGGAAUUAAUAAAUCCCAGAAAAGUCCUAUAUAAAAAGAUGUGAAAGCAUAUAUAACACAAACAAUGUAGCUUCUAUGAUAAAGAUUUAUUUUGUAAUUUCAACAUUCUGCUGCGGUUCUGGACACUAAAAACACUGAGCUCCAUAAAUGCCAGAUAAUGCAAUUAAUGCAUUGAGCUCGGAUUGCCCUAAUAGAGUAAAAUGCAAAAAACAAACAAAAAACAAAACAAAACAGCGAAAAUGGUCCCUGGCUAAUCAGAUUAUCAAAACUGAACAUUUAAGAGCAAUAGUAGUAACAAAGUAAAGAUUGUUCUAAUUUAUUACAUUUCAAUGGCCCAAAGCUUCAAGAUGUUGAAUAUUUAAUUCCUCUUGGCUAUGCUAUACUUAUUUUAGAAAAGGUUUUAGAGUAUUUUCUGAACAGGUGAUUUUAUUAGUUUUUAUGCUACAGCAACCAGAAUGCAUUUUAGAAGCCUCAUUUUAUCUCCUCUUAAAUCUUUGUCCAGUUUUAGAAAUGUUAUUAAAGAGGAAGCUGUACCCUAGAACUCUGAAUGUGUGUGUUUGUGUGCGCAUGUUAUUCUAUAGCUUCCCUUUGUAUUGAUUUUACUUUCACAAGUCACACAAAAAGUAUUCUAUAAUUGAAAGUAAUCAAUUCUCUUAGACAUGCUAUUAUCAAAAAUACAGAAUGGAGUAAGCAGCAUAUAAAGAUCAAACCACAGGAAUCAAAUACCUUCCAUGGUCAAAGAAUGGAAAAAUACUUCAAUUACUCCUCUUCUGCUCUUGUGAGUGUGAACAGAACAAGCAUUUUACCAUGCUACAAUACAAACAAGGUAACUGCUGUUGUAGAUGAUGUACUGGAAUGUUGACUUGAUUCUUGGCAACCACCAGAGGCUUUACAGUAAGACUGAAAAAGGCAUUUUAAUUCACUAACCCCUAGUAACAGCAGCUGUGCUUUGUGACAUCACAGCCCCACAUCAUACAUUAAACAAUGCUGAAGAUUCUACAUCAUCCAACUCAAGAAAAGCAGAGCAUUUCAGAUGGCCACUAUGGAACAUAUAACAACAGGCUUCUGGCAUACGUGAUGCACAGUCAACUUCAACUUAUGAAUCACUCGUUGCCUCUGGCACCAUGGAUGAUGCUGCAGUCCUUAAAAAAAGAGGCUACAUCAUGGGAGGAAAUCUGGGAGAAGGGUCUUAUGCUAAAGUGAAAUCUGCCUACUCUGAUCGACUGAAAUUCGAUGUAGCAGUAAAAAUCAUAGACCGGAAAAAAGCUCCUCGGGACUUCCUGGAAAGAUUUCUCCCAAGAGAAAUAGAGAUUUUGGCCAAAGUCAAUCACUGCUCCGUGGUCAAGACCUAUGAGAUUUUUGAGACCUCUGAUGGCAAAGUCUACAUUGUGAUGGAGCUGGGUACAAAAGGAGACUUACUGGAGUUCAUCAAGAGCAAAGGGGCCAUCUCUGAGGAGCUAGCUCGCAAGAUGUUUCGCCAGUUGUCUUCUGCCAUCAAGUACUGCCAUGAUUUGGAUAUUGUCCACAGGGACUUGAAAUGUGAGAACCUCCUUCUAGACAAAGACUUUAGUAUCAAACUGUCAGAUUUUGGCUUUUCCAGACGACUGACUCGAGAUGAAAAUGGCAAAGUUAUUCUCAGUAAAACCUUCUGUGGUUCUGCUGCAUAUGCAGCCCCUGAAGUGUUACAAGGCAUUCCCUAUCAGCCUAAGAUUUAUGAUAUAUGGAGUCUGGGUGUAAUUUUGUACAUUAUGGUUUGUGGGUCAAUGCCAUAUGAUGACUCAAACAUUAGAAAAAUGCUAAAGAUUCAGAAAGAACACAGAGUGCACUUUCCCAAGUCUAAAAAUUUGACAGUUGAAUGCAAAGAUCUUAUUUACCGCAUGCUGCAGCCGGACGUAGCUCGGAGGUUGACCAUAGAUGAGAUUUUAAAUCAUAUUUGGAUGCAGACUGCAAAAUCCAGAGUUCCUUCAGCAACUUCAUUUGUAAAAGAAGGAGAGUGUUCUCGGAAUCUUGGCAAGGUGAAGUCAGAGCACAAACCGGAAAUAGACCCCAUUGGGGAAGCUAAGCCCGAGAGACCAGAUUACAAAACUGAGUUUAAAGCAGUGCCCAAAUUGGAGGCGGUACCGGAAGCAGAGGAUGCCAUUCCUGAAGAGGAGCAAGCGGAAGUUAAUGAUCUUGCAGAUCAAAUGCAAAGAACAGAGAUCAGAAACAGUGAUGAUUAAAGAGCAGCCACCUGCAAGAGUUGCCUGCAUGGCUUCGGCACAUGAAUAAGACUGUGAAGCUAGUUUUGGAAAACAAGAGCCCAGAACAGGAGAAAGUAAAGUCCAUUCAUAGCAAUCAAUUAUUUUAUAGCAAUUCUAUUAAAUUCUCUUCUAACUUGGUAAUCAUGUUGCUGAAUUGAAAGGUUAAAUAAGGAGAUAGGUAGCUUGGAAAAUCUAAUAGACUGUAUGCCCAGUUCACAUAAGGCCUUUUUCCACAGCUCCCCACUGCUGAAUGUUGCAAGUGCUGUGCUGAGUUAAGCCUUCUUUUGAACAAUGUUUCAUCACAAUCUCAUGCCCCUUUUACCUUUGGGCAUUAACACAAUGACAGUAAGCCCUCUCCAAACCCAUUCUGUUAUGUGCAUAGAAAAAUAAUCCUUGUUUCCAAUUCCUUUCAUAUUCCAGUACCACAUUGGUUUUGCAUAUGCAGUGACAAUUUCGUACCACAGUAAGAUUUACCAAUUAUUCAAUUCUGCAGCAUCCCAAGAGCAGAUUUGGCAUUUUUCUUCAUUUUCUGAUGCAGAGUAAUGGAUUUUGCUAAACCAUAUCACAGUGUAAAUGAAGCAUGGAUAUGCAAUUUAUUACAAGUGCAGAUAUGCUUGCCCGCAGGGACAAGGCAAACUCCACUAUUGAGACUUCUAGAUUUGUCAUAUUCUAACAGCAGGGAACUGUUAUUGUUUUAAAAUUCAGCAAACGGAACACUAUUACCUUAAAAAGCACAGUUCAGCCUGGAAACAUGCCUGCUGGUAGACAUAGCACCUGAGACUACUGUAACUCUAGAUUUGCCUCACUUCAAAACUUUACUUUGCAAAUUGGACCACACUGUGCUUGGCUAUGUCUCCUGUUGUUUGUGUGGAACUCAAAGCAGGUACUGGAUUAAUUCACAGAGGAAAUGGGAACAUUUUUAAUGUGAUUGUAAAGCCAUACAUUGACUAGCAGGUCUCUGGGGCAAUUGUAGAGUGUGAAACAACUUUGGAUUCUUUUUUCAAGCUGCCCAAAUUUCAAGUGACAGUGUCCCACUGAACUGUCCCAUUUUAUAGAACUUUCUAGUGUUACAUUUGUCAGUUUAGGAAUAACCAGCCUUAACAGUUUUGUCAAUCUCAGCUGGGAGACAGAUCUGGAACAAUGUUAGCUUUUUCCUGAGUAUUGCAAGGGGCAAAUCAAGUUCUGGUUACCACCACCCCUGAAAGGGUAACUACUGAGUCCCCCUAUCCACGGAAGGGGGGGGGAUUACAAAUAGCUUCAAGUAGGUUUACAAAAGCCACACUCGACAUGGUGGUCAUUAACCUCCUAGAAAAAGAACAUACUGCCCACUCCCACUAGGACAGCUUUGUAACCACACCACUAACUCUUAACAGUACGUAGUUUAGUUUUUAAAAGUUGGUU